AUGGGCACCGUCUUUCGAGUGUGUGCAAUUAAACUAAUGGACAAUAAGAAUCAAGUUUAUCAAGUUGAAUUACAAUUAACAUCGGAUGAUGAUAAACAGCUACGAUCACUUACUGAUCGGAUACGAGAAGAAGCUGGUGGUCUUAUUGGAUGGCAAAGAUUAGGUAAAUUAUUGAUUAAAACUGGUCAGUUUAAUAAAGCUGAAGAGCUUUAUAAUAUACUACUCGAACAGACAUCUGAUCAGGGUGAAAAAGCGGUUUUUUAUAAUCAGCUCGGACUUAUCCAUUUCAAUCAAGGUGAUAAUGAAAAGGCUAUGCAGUCUUACGAACAAGGACUUAAAAUCCAUGAACAAACUCUUCCUUCAGACCAUCCUAAUUUGGCUACUUUAUACAACAACAUCGGUUUGAUGUAUGACAACAUGGGGGAGCAUUUGAAAGCACUUUCAUCUCAUGAAAAAGCACUUGAACUCUAUCAAACAACUCUCCCUUUAAAUCAUUCUGAUUUGGCUACUUCAUACAGCAAUAUCGGUAGUGUGUAUGACCACAUGGGAGAGUACGUGAAAGCACUCUCAUAUUACGAGCAGGCGCUUGAAAUUCAACAAAAAACUCUUCCUUCAAAUCAUCCUUCGAUGGCUAAUUCAUACAACAACAUCGGUCUGGUGUAUGACCACAUGGGAGAGUACUUGAAAGCACUUUCAUCUCACGAAAAAGCACUUGAAAUUCGACAAAAAACUCUUCUUUCAAAUCAUCCUUCUUUGGCUACAUCAUAUAACAACAUCGGUUUGGUGUAUGACAAUCUGGGAGAGUACUCGGAAGCACUUUCAUCACACGAAAAAGCACUUGAAAUCCAUGAAAAAACUCUUCCUUCGAAUCAUCCUUCUUUGGCUACUUCAUUCAACAACAUCGGUCUGGUGUAUGACCACAUGGGAGAGUACUCGAAAGCACUUUCAUAUUAUGAAAAAGCAGUUGAGAUUCAACAAAAAACUCUUCGUCUAAAUCAUCCAUCUUUGGCUACUUCAUACAGCAACAUCGGUAGUGUGUAUGACAACAUGGGGGAGUACGUGAAAGCACUCUCAUAUUACGAGCAAGCGCUUGAAAUUCAACAAAAAACUCUUUCUUCGAAUCAUCCUGAUUUUGCUACUUUAUACAACAACAUCGGUAGUGUGUAUAACAAGAUGGGAGAUUACUCGAAGGCACUUUCGUCUCACGAAAAAGCAGUUGAAAUUCAACAAAAAACUCUUUCUUUAAAUCAUCCUUCGCUGGCUACUUCAUACAACAACAUCGGUCUGGUGUAUGACCACAUGGGAGAAUACUCGAAAGCACUUUCGUUUCAUGAAAAAGCACUUGAAAUUCAACGAGAAACUCUUCCUUCGAAUCAUCCUGAUUUGGCACAGUCAUACAACAACAUCGGUAUGGCGUAUGACAACCUGGGAGAGUACUCGGAAGCACUUUCAUCACACGAAAAAGCACUUGAAAUUCGACAAAAAGCUCUUCCUUCGAAUCAUCCUUCUUUGGCUACUUCAUUCAACGACAUCGGUCUGGUGUAUAGCAAGAUGGGAGAGUACUCGAAAGCACUUUCGUUAUACGAAAAAGCACUUGAAAUUCAACAAAAAAAUCUUCCUUCAAAUCAUUCUCACUUGGCUGCUUCAUACAACAACAUUGCUUCGUUGUAUAAAAACAUGGAAGAGUAUUCGAAAGCACUUUCGUUUUAUGAAAAAGCAGUUGAGAUUCAACAAAAAACCCUUUCUUCAGAUCAUCCUGAUGUGGCUAUUUCAUACAACAACAUCGCUUCGUUGUAUAAAAACAUGGAAGAGUACUCGAAAGCACUUUCAUAUUAUGAACUGGCUCUGGACAUCAAACAACGUGCACUACCCACAACUCAUCCCAGUAUUAAAAAAGUGAAAGAGAGAAUUGAAAUUGUAAAAGAAGAAAUGAAAAAGAAAAAGUGA